AUGAAACCGUCGUCCUCCCACUCGACAUGGCGCUGCUAUGCCUCCCUGCUAUUGCUGGCCGAGCUCCGCUCAACCUCGGCCGCGACGGUGCCGCAGUUCGUCUUCAACCCGCACGCCGGCAGCUCGGGCGCCGUCGCGAGCGAGGCCGUGGAAUGUAGCAAGAUAGGCCGUGACCUGAUUGCGCGCGGCGGAAACGCCGUUGACGCGCUUGUCGGUACGACCUUCUGUGUCGGCACCGUGGGCAUGUACCACUCGGGCAUCGGUGGCGGCGGCUUCGUGGUGGUAAGAGACGCCUAUGGGAACUACGAGUCCGUCGACUUUAGGGAGUCGGCGCCGGCCGCGGCGUUCCAGGACAUGUACAAGGGCAACAUCGAGGGCAGCGUCUACGGCGGCCUGGCCGUCGGCGUGCCGAGCGAGGUCCGUGGGUUGGAAUACAUUCACAAGAAGUACGGCGUCUUGCCUUGGAAGGCCGUAGUCACCCCGGCCGCGCAACUGGCGACAACAGGCUUUAGAGUCUCUGAGGACUUGGUGCGAUACAUGGCCAACGCCAUCAAUGGACAGUACAACUUCCUCGUCGAGGACCCUGUCUGGGCGGAAGAGUUUGCCCCGAACGGUAAACUUCUUCAACUCGGUGACACAAUAUACCGCAAAAGAUACGGGGCCCAUACCAGCACCCUUGCCAAGAUCGCGGAGGAAGGCCCCGACGCGUUCUACUCUGGCCCCAUCGCCGAGUCCAUAAUCGCCACCGUCCGCGCCACAAACGGCUCUCUCACCCUCGACGACCUGUCGUCUUACAAGGUCGUCACGCGGCCCUCCUUAUCCAUCUCCUACCGUGGCCACCGUCUCGUCUCCGUCGGCUCCCCCGCCAGCGGCGCCGUGUGCCUCAACACCCUCAAGAUCAUGGAGCAGUUCGACCCCUCCGAGAGCGCCGACACCCACCUCGGCGUCCACCGCUUCGACGAGGCCCUGCGCUUCGCCUACGGCGCGAGGUCCCUCCUCGGCGACCCGGACUUCGUCGACGGCAUCGGCCCCUUCGAGGACACCCUCAUCGACGAGGCCACCGCCAAGGACAUCCGACACAGGAUCCUGGACAACCAGACGCAGCCGGUCGACCGGUACGACCCCCACGGGAUGUACGCGAGCGAAGGGUUCGGCACCUCGCACAUCGUAACGGCGGACAAGUCGGGCAUGGCCACGUCUUUGACCACGACCGUGAAUCUCCUCUUUGGCGCCCAGAUCAUGGACCCCCUGUCUGGCGUGAUCCUCAACAACGAGAUGAACGACUUCUCCAUCCCCGGCGUCCGAAACGCCUUCGGCUUCGAGCCGUCCCCCGCCAACUUCGUCCGCGCCAACAAGCGGCCCCUCUCCUCCAUCACCCCCGUCAUCGUCGAGCACCCGGACGGCACCCUCUACGCCACCGUUGGCGCCGCAGGCGGCUCUCGCAUCAUCAGCUCCACUGCCCAGGUCGCCUGGCACGUCCUCGAGCACGGCCGGACCAUGAAGCAGGCCCUUCGCGAACCGCGCCUGCACGACCAGCUCAUGCCCAACACCGUCACCUUCGAAUACGCCUUCGACAACGACACCGUCGCCAGCAUGAUCGAGAAGGGCCACGACGUCACGUGGGUGCCCGAGGGCCGUAGUGCCGUGCAGGGCAUCAUCUUCGACGGCGGCGUGUUCGAGGCGGCGAGCGAGCCGCGGCAGAAGAACAGUGGCGCGUUCACGGUUUGA